AAACCAGCAGCAGCGUCACUGACGUAGUCACAACAGGAAGCGCAUCAUCUGAGAGGGAGGGGACUUAAGCAAGAGAGGAAGAUAUUUGGGGAGAACUAUGUAAAUAAUUAGGCAAAAAGCUUCUUAUUUCCUCAACGGAUGAACAGACAGCACAUCAGCAAGAGACAAGACGCUUCUCCUCUGUUGACAUUUAUCAAUACUUUUGUUUUAAUUUGUUAUACAGACAGGUUGUGGAGGGAAGAUGUUUGUACAGGCGGAUUUGUUUCACUGGUGAUUGGAAUAAGGGAUUUUUUUGGCAGUUUCUGUGUGGAUUAUGACAAAGUUUCAAUAUCUCUGUGGACACCAGACAUGGAUAUGGGCAAUAAGACACCGGUUCUUGUCUUCCUGAUGAUCUACAUAAACUGUCUGUCAGGACUAGAUGUCCCUCAGCCUGACAACCUGGAAGUGAAUAUUGUGGAUGGUGAGGUGAUAGCAUUUUGGAAAGAUCCUGUGGACGCCCCCUUGAACCAUCUGUACAAUGUACAAAUGACAAAGCGCAAUAGUGUUGAAUGGACCACAGUGAAAAGCUGCACAGGGAUCAGCAGGACCUACUGUGACCUCAGCAGCCUUAUACAUGAAUAUCACAUUCCCCACAAGGUCAGAGUUCAGCUGGUUGCAGGACAAAACGUGUCUGAGUGGGCAGUCAAAAAGAAAUUUCUCCCGAAUAGAAGUCAAUUGCUACCUCCAUCCUUCACUUUGUGGGCUACUUCCAGCUCUCUGACGGUUUAUAUUCACCGAAAACCUAUCCUGGAAAAACUCUUUCUUUUUGGGCUCACCUACACCAUCUACCUGGAGGAGAGAGGAGAAAAUGAAAAGAAUACAACAGCAUACCUGACAGAUGACAUGGGGAGGACCAAGUAUUUCAGUUCUCUCCGCUGGGGGACCGAGUACUGUGUCAGCAUCAAAGUAGAAGGCAAUGGAGCUUCGUCAGUCAGCAGUGUUUCCCCUAAACAGUGCCUGCAGCUACCAGAGCAAAAAUGGUUCAUAAUUGCUGUGUCAUCCUUGUCUCUCCUGGCUGUGCUGGCCAUCCUUGCUGUCAUGGCAGCCAUCCUCCUGUGUUACCUAAGACGUCCUGAGAAAACUCCUGUUGCACUGAAAUCCCCUGUCAGUGGCUGGCUCCCACUCUCCAUCGGAGAGGGGACUGCGGAGGUUGUUACAGACAAAGGAUGGUUCCUGUCCAGUAAUAGAACAGAAGUGAAAAACUGCAUCAAAGACCCAGUGACAGAUGUUGUGGUAGCAGAGGAAGAUGGAGAGGACAGGAGGACCAGCAUGGACAGCGGGGUUGGCAUGGAGUCCAACCCUGCUACAAGCAGCCGAGGAAGUCCUCCAACGAGACAAGAGGACAGUGGCUGUGGGAGCUUGGGAGGACCAGAGAGCUCCACUAGCAGUCAGACAGUUUACCCCCUGCAGGACAGGAGGACUGAUACCGACAUAGCCAAGAGGGACGAUAGUGGCUGCCAGCUUGAUUCUUCUUCUGUGAAUCUGGAUGUGCAGGAUAGUGGAUCUCUAAAGGUUUCUGGGGGAAGUUAUCGAAGCCAGAACCCCUCCGCUGGGCAGAUUCAUAUCUGUGACGACGAGGACAUGUUUAAACAAAUGCUUCCUGAAUUAGUUUUGGCCGAAGUGGUCACAGGUUACAGGGCUGGGCCUCAAUCAUGUAUCUGCUCAGGAGCAGGCCAGUGCACCUGGUGCCACAAACAAGCCGAUUAUGGAACUGAAGUUAUAAAACAAUACAGAGCUAUGUGUUUUAAUAAUGGACCAAUGAGCAGCAAAUGUGAUUUUGUGGACUCUUACAAAGGGGGGCAUGCAUUUUUAAGUUAUCCUCAAAAGACACAAAUGGACACUGUCAAGGUGGAUGACUUGGACACAACUUUUAUACAACUGGGGGAGACGUUCCCUCUGCUAACAGCUCUAUCACCGCUGCCCCUAGUGGAGGAAAGACAAGACUUAAAUAUGAAUAAUGUGUCCCUUUCUCUUUGUGACAUACAGCUUACGGCUGAGUGAUACACAUAAAAUCAUGCUGACAUAACCUGUCUGAGAGCUACACUGUAGCGAUAUGCUUCCAUUUUUCUGCAUGACACACUUUUUGAUGCAGUAGAAGCAGUAAUUAGUUUUUGGGGGGAGAGGAAUCGCUCCAGGAUUGAAGGUGUGAUGGAAAGAGGGCAAAAAUAUGAGGAGAAAACAGUGCAAGAGCAGGCUGUUAUUGACUGUAGGAAGGAAAUAGAGGUUAGGCCACACAGCUGCUGGGUGAUAGCCGUCGGCUGGAGCUACAGGGGCUUCUUCUGACAACAGAAGACCUUUUUCGUCCCACUGGGUGUAUUUUACAACUGACUAAAAUGCUGCAUGCCGGAAAUGAAACUGGUGUGGGCAGCAAUGCAGAGAAACAGUUUGACAGUUGUGUACUUUUGGGCAUUUUACGAUUCCCUGCCUGUCACCUCUGCUAAUGAUGAAACCCGAUAUUGGUAACCAACGGUGAAGUUUCUGAGAAGUUUUUCUUACCACUAUUUAAAUAUCAGACAAAAUACUUGUGAAGCACUUAAGAGCAAUAACGAGUUGUGUCAAACAAGGGAGCAAAUGCCUCAUUUUUAAUGUGUGUUUGAUAUUUUAAAACUCCAGGCCUGUCUUUAAGCUACCUCUCCAUUUUAAAUUAUUUAUUAAAUAUGACUUGGUUUUUUUUGCAUCACUUUGAAUACUAUAUGUGCCUCUGCUUUUUUUUUACAUGUCAUUAAAAGAUUCUGUCUUC